AUGUUCCUCGACUAUGUUAAACCCUUUUGUGCCUAUGUGCCAGAGAUGGCGAAACCGGAUCGGAAGAUUCAAUUCCGCGAGAAGAUGUUGUGGACAAUUAUCGUUCUUAUACUCUACCUAGUGUGCUGUCAAGUCCCGUUGUUCGGAAUCAUGUCUUCGGAAUCAGCAGAUCCACUCUACUGGCUACGUGCCAUCAUGGCCUCCAACAGAGGUUCUCUGAUGGAACUCGGAAUUUCGCCCAUCGUUACUUCCGGAAUGAUCAUGCAGCUUCUCGCCGGUCUGAAAUUUAUCGAAGUGGGAGACUCGCCGAAAGAGCGCGCACUCUUUAACACUUCCCAGAAAUUGUUCGGAAUCCUUAUCACUGUUGGACAAGCCCUCGUCUAUGUGAUGUCUGGACUCUAUGGCCCUCCAUCAGAGCUCGGUGCUGGAAUCUGUCUCCUUCUCAUUGUUCAACUUGUAAUGGCUGGUCUCGUCGUGCUCCUGUUCGAUGAUCUGCUUCAAAAUGGCUAUGGUCUUGGAUCCGGAAUCUCUCUUUUCAUCGCCACCAACAUUUGCGAAAACGUUGUCUGGAAAGCGUUCUCCCCUGCUACGUACAACACCGGACGAGGACCGGAAUUCGAAGGAUCUCUCAUUGCACUCGUCCAUCUUCUCGCCACACGCGCCGACAAGAUGCGUGCUCUCCGAGAAGCAUUCUAUCGUCCGGACCUUCCGAAUAUCUUUGGCUUGUUGUGCACUGUCCUCAUAUUCUUGUGCGUUGUUUAUUUGCAAGGAUUCCGCGUUGAACUGCCGAUGCGGUCAUUGCGAGCUCGCGGAAUACAGCAGUCUUACCCGAUCAAGCUUUUCUACACAUCCAACAUGCCAAUCAUUCUUCAAAAUGCGCUGGUGUCAAAUCUCUUUGUCAUGUCUCAGCUGAUCUAUUCGAAGACCGGUGACAACUUCUUUGCUCGUCUUUUGGGAUCGUGGUCUCAUGGAGGAAGUGCCAGAAGCUACCCAAUCGGAGGUCUUUGCUACUACUUGUCAGCACCAGAAUCCCUCAGACACAUCCUCGAAGACCCACUCCACUGCAUUGUCUACAUUGUCUUCAUGCUCGGAUCUUGCGCCUUCUUCUCCAAGACCUGGAUCGAUGUGUCUGGAAUAUCUGCUAAGGACGUGGCGAAGCAACUGAAACAACAGCAACUGACCAUGCGAGGACACCGAGAGGGUGGAAUGAUUCAUGAACUGAAUAGAUACAUUCCGACGGCCGCCACUUUCGGAGGACUUCUGAUUGGUGCAAUCUCAGUUGCCUCCGAUUUUCUUGGAGUCGGAGGAGGAACGGGAAUGCUUCUCGCUGUCACUCUCAUCUAUCAAUAUUUCGAGAUAUUUGCAAAGGAACAAGCCGACAAUGGAGGAGUGAUGAACAUGCUCUUCUAG